AUGAAGCGUCCCACUUGGACGUCCGUGCCAAACGUCGCUGUUGAGGUCCAGUGGCAGCCCGUCUUGGGCGCUAGAAGGUGUUCUUCACGGCACGCUUACGACCCCCCCCCCCUUCCUUCGCAGGUGUGCAAACAGGACGAGUUCUUCAACCUCUCGCACUGCCAGCUGGUGACGCUGAUCAGCCGGGACGAGCUGAACGUGCGGUGCGAGUCGGAGGUCUUCCACGCCUGCAUCAACUGGGUGAAGUACGACUGCGAGAGUCGGCGCCUCUACGUCCAGGCCCUGCUCAAGGCGGUGCGCUGCCACUCCCUGACCCCCCACUUCCUCCAGAUGCAGCUCCAGAAGUGCGAGAUCCUCCGCUCCGACUCCCGCUGCAAGGACUACCUUGCAAAGAUCUUCCAGGACCUCACCCUGCACAAGCCCACCAAAGACGCCCCCUGCCGGGCUCCCAAAGUCGGGCAGCUGAUCUACACCGCCGGGGGCUAUUACCUCCAGUCCCUCAGCUACCUGGAGGCCUACAACCCCACCGACGGCGCCUGGAUCCGGCUGGCGGACCUCCAGGUGCCCCGCAGCGGCCUGGCCGGCUGCGUGGUGGGCGGGCUCUUCUACGCGGUGGGCGGGAGGAACAACUCCCAAGACGGGAACAUGGACUCCAAUGCCAUCGACUGCUACAACCCCAUGAACAACCAGUGGUCCCCCUGCGCCCCGAUGAGCGUGCCCCGGAACCGGAUCGGCGUGGGGGUGAUUGACGGCUUGAUCUAUGCGGUGGGCGGCUCUCACGGAUGCAUCCACCAUAACAGCGUGGAGAGGUACGACCCGGAGCGUGAUGAAUGGCAGUUGGUGGCCCCUAUGCGAACGCGCCGGAUUGGCGUCGGGGUGGCUGUGUUGAACCGCCUCCUGUACGCAGUGGGCGGCUACGACGGCACCUGCCGCCUCAGCUCGGCAGAAUGCUACUACCCUGAGCGAGACGAGUGGGAGACGAUCACUCCGAUGAGGAGCAUCCGUAGUGGAGCGGGGGUCUGUGCCCUGAAUAACUGCAUCUACGCGAUGGGGGGCUACGACGGCACGGACCAGCUGAACAGCAUGGAGCGUUACGAUGUGGAGGCGUGCACCUGGUCCUUUGCGGCGUCCAUGAUCCAUCGACGGAGCGCGCUGGGAGUCACGGUUCACCAGGGGAAGAUUUAUGUGCUGGGCGGCUACGACGGAGAGACUUUCCUGGCCAGCGUGGAAUGUUACGACCCCGCCACAGACACGUGGGUGGAAGUGACGCACAUGACGUCGGGGCGCAGCGGAGUGGGGGUGGCAAUCACCAUGGAGCCCUGCCGGAAGCAGGAGGACAGCAACUGUAACUGUCAGAGCAACAAGGCCGAAGGAAAACGAGCGGGAGAGGGCCUGGCCUUCAGACAGAGCUGCUGA